AUGUUUGGAGGCCUAGGGCCUGGGGGCCUGGGAACCCAGGGCAUGGCGGGACCCCUGCGGGGCCGGGUGGAGGAGCUGAAGCGGCCCUGGUGGCGGGAGACCUCCCCGUUGGUGUUGAGGCACAGUGAGGCUGCCCGGCUGGCAGCUGACGCCCUCUUGGAGCGGGGUGAGACUGCCUACCUUCAGGUCAUCUCCGAGGAGCGGGAGCUGCCCUUCCUGAGCGCCCUGGACGUGGACUACAUGACCAGCCAUGUGCACGGGGUCCCCGAACUCAAUGAGGCUCAGGGACUGGAGGCUGCAGUGCCUGACCGCCUCAGCCUGCUCUCUGAAGUCACCUCAGGCACGUACUUCCCCAUGGCCUCUGAUCUAGAGCCCCCGGACCUGGACCUGGGCUGGCCUGAGGUUCCACAGGCCACUGGCUUCAGCCCCACCCAGGCCGUGGUCCACUUCCAGCGGGACAAGGCCAAGAACAUCAAGGACUUGCUGCGUUUCCUCUUCAGUCAGGCCCGCACGGUCGUGGCUGUGGUGAUGGACAUAUUCACCGACAUGGAGCUUCUGUGUGACCUCAUGGAGGCCUCAAGCCGGCGUGGUGUUCCCGUCUACGUGCUCCUGGCCCAGGAAUACCUGAGGCACUUCCUGGAGAUGUGCUACAAGAUGGAUGUCAAUGGGGGGCACCUGCCAAACAUGCGUGUGCGAAGCAUAUGUGGGGACACAUACUGCAGCAAGGCAGGCCGCCGCUUCACAGGGCAGGCCCUGGAGAAAUUCAUCAUCAUCGACUGUGAGCAGGUGGUUGCAGGCAGCUACAGCUUCACCUGGCUGUGCAGCCAGGCCCACACGAGCAUGGUGCUGCAGCUGAGGGGCCGAAUCGUGGAGGACUUCGACCGGGAGUUCCGCUGUCUGUAUGCCGAGUCUCAGCCUGUGGAGGGCUUCGGUGGCAGUGAGGAGCCCCUGUCACCCAGGGUACCACACCCUCCCCAGGUGACCCUGGCCUUCAGGCCUGGCUUCCCAAGAAGCCCCACCUCCUCCUCGCCCUCCAGCACCAGCCUCGGCAGCGUCAAGCGCUCUCCUCUCCUGGGCCGCGCCUCCUACCUCGCUCUACUGGGAGGCUGCUCUACCUCGUCCCCAGGUCCUGCCCACCGUGAGACCAGUAACCAGCUCCCCCUGCAACGUCAGCUGUCAGACCCUAACCAUGACGCCCCUCCUGGGUUCUAUAGGGCCAACCUGAGCAAGCUGGGAGUGUCCUCAUGGUCCCAGUCCUCCCCUGCCCUCAACCACCAUAACGCUAGCCCCCCGGGCCUGGCAGUGGGCUCACAUCUGCUCUCCCAUCCACGCCCCCUCUUCCCCUUCCCCCGGGGUGGUCCAGCCCUGUCCCGGCUCCCAGAGAAUGGGUUCUCAGGAAGCCAGGAGCUUAGUCCCCCACGAGGUCGUCGAAUUCCUGGCCCAGUCCUGGAGACAGUGCAUGAGAGGAAGGCAUCUCUGAAUCAGAGCCAUGGCCAGAAGGACCUCCUGGUCCCCUUCCCCAGAGCCCGAGAAGCUGGAGGGCCCGACUCUGGGGUUACCCCCGGCUCAGGCUCCUUUCAGCCUGGAGAGCAGGCCCCAGAGGACAGGAAGUUGUCCCCAAGCCAGAGCUACAGCCAGCUGGACCUCUUGCCCAAGGCUCAGGGUGCAGGGAGCACUCCUGAGUCAGGCUCUCCCAGAACUGGUGAUCAGGUCUCAGAGGAGAGAAGGCUGUCCCCAAGCCACAGCCACAGCCAGUUGGACCUCUUGACACAGUUCUCCAAGGCCCAGGGCUCCAAAGUGCCCCCUGAAGCCAGCUCCCCCAGCAGGCCCAGCAAGCAGGGCCCAGAUGAGUGGCGGCAUAGCCUAGGCCACAGCCAGCUGGACCUCAUCACAAAGUGUGGCCCAUUCCGGGCUGAGGGGCCCGGGCGCAUUGGUCUCCCUGGUCCGAGCCCUGUUCGCAAGACUGAAGUGGGCUCUGGGGAUGAGAAGCGGCUGACUCUGGGCCACAGUAAGCUGGACCUCAUCACCAAGUAUCACCAAUUGCAGGUUGUCAGGCAGGCACCUGAACCAGGCCUGCCUGGGGACUCAACAGGUGGCCAUCACAAUAGUGGUAGCAAUGACUUGUAUGGGGAUGAGAAGCGGCUGACUCUGGGCCACAGUAAGCUGGACCUCAUCACCAAGUACAACAAGUUCAGGGUGCUCCGAAGCCGCUUUGAGUCCUAG